GGGUCCAAAAAUUGUUCCUGACGCCGUCGUUACCCUAAACGUUUAGUCCCGUAAUUAGUCUACUAAGGUAGGCGCAAAAUUUCGAAGUACGGGCCUAAUUGAUUUAGCUUGGUUUAUUAAGCUUAGUCCAGGUUGACUCGUCGGAUCCGAGUUCUCCAAAGACACUGUUCCGCUGUUUGCCUCUUUCGCCAUCCAAUCUGGACUAAGCUAUCCUGUAGUUGCUGGCCUCAGCGACCGAGAAUGGGUCAGUGUCGGGUUGUGGCGACUUGUUUACGAGUAAGGCCGUAGGAUUUCACAGUCUACUCUACGUCCGUCUAUGCGCCAGCUUCCGAUCAAGCAUGCCUCCUCGCCCGGUCAACUUCUUCCAUAGGUCCACGAAUCUCCGGUCGUCAUUAGGUCAAACCCGCGGCUCCACGUCGUGCUCCUCCUCCCCCGCGCGUUCCUCCCAGUCGUCCACGUCAUCCUCAUCGGCGGCAUGCCAGAGCGCUGUAGAGGGCGGAGCAGCGGAUGAGGCGCGGCGGCAGCCGGUGCUGACGGCGGGCGAGACCAUCUCGCGGUGCCUCGCCACGCCCACUACCAGCCCCAUCUGGCCGCUCACCACGCCGCCCUGCUCCCCCUCCCCGCGCCCGUCCCCCGCCUUCCUCUCCCCCUCAUGGCGCCCGCUCCUGCCGCUCUCCACCACCAUCGCCAGCUCGUGCCUCGCGUCGCUCGCCGCGCCGUCCGCGCCGGAUUUCAACGCGGGGAAGGAGACGCCGUGGUGCCUCCCGGGUGGCAGCAGCAGCGGCAACAGACCAGCUGUCGCAGCCGCGGGAGCGUCGGGUAGAGCGUCGUCGCCGGAUGCGGGCCGCGCGUUGUCGGUGCUGAGAGUCGCGUCGGCUGCACCCUACGGCACAUGGCGGCGCGUGAUGCCGUGCGCGCCCCCCGCAGCGGUGAUCAGCCGCCGCCUGCACGACGCGCAGCUGCUGGGGCAGGUGCCCGGCCUCGCGUUCUGCUCGCGGCCCGCCGACGACGGCGCCGAUAAGAGCGGAACUCCCGAGGCGGCGAAGGAGGAGGAGGAGGCGCUGCGGCUGGUGGCGGGCGCGUGCGUGCUGCCGCAUCCCGACAAGCUCGACCGCGGCGGCGAAGACGCCUUCUUCAUCCUCCCGGACGUCUCCGCCUUGGGGGUGGCGGACGGCGUGGGCGGGUGGGCGGACGUGGGCGUGGACGCGGGGGCGUACGCGCGCGAGCUGAUGGGGGAGGCGGAGGCCGCCGUCAGGCGCGAGCCCAAGGGGUGCGCCGACACCCUCAGAGUGCUGACGUCAGCGCACGCGAAAACGCGCAGCGAGGGGUCUUGCACGGCGUGCCUGGUCGUGCUGACUGCUGACCGCCUGCAAGCGGCGAAUCUGGGCGACAGCGGGUUUGUGGUGGUGCGCAACGGGCGCAUCAUAUUCAAGUCGCCCCCGCAGCAGCACGACUUCAACUUCCCCUUCCAGCUCGGCAGUGAUGGCGGGGACUCGCCCUCCGCUGCUGAGGUCUUCUCCCUGCCGGUGGCAGCGGGGGACGUGGUGGUGGUGGGCACGGACGGGCUGUUUGACAACGUCUUUGACUCCGAGCUGGCGUCCACCGUCAUGCACUCGCUGCUGGCGGGCAGGGAGCCGCAGCACACGGCGGAGCACAUUGCCACGCUGGCGCGCACGCGUGCGCAGGACCGCAUCCGCAUCUCGCCCUUCGCACGCGCCGCCCAGGAGGCGGGGUACCGGUACUAUGGAGGGAAGCUGGACGAUAUUACUGUGGUGGUGGCGUAUGUGGCGGGACCAAAGUUCGGGCCGGGCUGGUGGCGCAACUGCCGGUGAAGGCAAGGCGAUGGGCAGAGCAGUGUGGUGUUGUAGCUAGCUGGCGCUGCGAGGGAUUGGGUUGGUACUGGAUGGAUACGGAUACAGCAGGAGAGCGCCGGCAGCAGUGUGCACUUUGUGUGGGUUCCAACCAACACUGCUGGGCCUUGCUGAAGCUCGCUCACCACAGCUGUGAGCAGCGCAUCGCCUCCAAUUUGCCGACACAACAGAGCAGGCGGGCAUUGGCUUCACAAUGAGCGAUUCUGCGGUGGAACCGUGCUCGCCAGCACCACAGCACUCACAGCUUUUAGAAGCAGCUUCUAGGAGCCGAUUAUCGCACGAGGGGCAAUUGUCAGAUGCCACCAUGUGGUUACCGCCCACCAUCUCCCUCGCAGUCAUGCCCUUCAAUCUCGUCAUGGCAUGGAGCGGCAGCGCUUAUUCUGACCGUGUUGUCCCCCAGUCUCUCCAUCUCCAUUGAGACUCUGCCACCUGCUCGCAGUCCUCAGCAGGUGCUUUCUGCUUCAGUUUUCCCUGCUUUCCUCCUAGCAGCAAUCUUCAUUCCUGGGACAUUCAGCUUCCAUCGUGGAAUGUGGAGGGAAUGUGUGUUUUUGCCUUCACUGCGUGUAGCGGUGGUUAUGGGGCACUGGCAUUGGUUAUGCUCGAGCUUCUUAGAUGCAUAAAAUGCUGUAGCCCACUCAGCAUGUCCUUGCUCUCGUCUGUUACUUCAGUAUGGAAUAGACACACUUUAUCUCUCAAAAGCAAUAAAACUAUGCUUGUCAC